UUCUGUCACUCACGGGGUUUGUGGAUAUGUUCAGUCAAAGGAGUUUAGGACGCUUGAGGGUUUAUGCAGUAAUGUUUAGGAGCAGUUUACAAUAAUAAUAAUAAUAAUAAACUUUUCAAAUCUGCAAUGAAUCAUGAAGAGGAGUCGAGGCCACUGUUGGCACAGGAGCCCCAAACAGAUAACUAUCUCAACAAAGUAAAAAAUGGGAAGUUGUACAUGGCCACGUUCGCAGCUGUUCUUGGCCCCCUCAGCUUUGGCUUCGUGCUCGGCUACAGCUCUCCUGCCAUACCAGAUCUGCAGCAGAUCUCUGACCCCAGGCUAAGACUCACUGUUGAAGAAGCCUCCUGGUUUGGGUCUGUGGUGACGCUUGGAGCCGGACUCGGUGGUCUGCUGGGAGGCUGGGUGGUGGAGAAGAUUGGACGGAAGCUGAGUCUCAUGUUCUGUGCUUUGCCGUUCAUUUUCGGUUUCACCAUCAUUGUUGCUGCUCAGAACCACUGGAUGCUGUAUGUGGGACGGGUGCUUACUGGUGUAGCCAGUGGAGUUACAUCUCUUGUUGUGCCUCUCUACAUCUCAGAAACAUCUCAUGAGCGUGUACGAGGAACAAUGGGCUCCUGUGUGCAGCUCAUGGUGGUGAUGGGAAUCAUGGGAGCCUAUGUUUUUGGUCUGUUCCUGGACUGGGGAUGGCUGGCCAUCACUGCCUCCAUUCCUCCGACGGUGAUGCUGGUGUGUAUGUGCUUCAUGCCAGAGACGCCGCGCUACUUGCUGUCUCGGGGGAAGAGGAGUGAAGCAGAAGAGGCACUGCGCUUCUUGAGAGGACGCGACGCGCCAGUCGAAUGGGAAUGUGCCAGGAUAGAAGCAGCCUCUCGAUACGAGGAAGAAAGUCUCAGUCUGGCUGAUCUGAAAGACCCUGGUGUGUAUAAACCUUUAGGAGUGGGCAUCAUGAUGAUGCUCUUGCAGCAGUUCACUGGCAUCAAUGCCAUUAUGUUCUAUGCAGAAACUAUAUUUGAACAAGCACACUUCCAGAAUGGCAGUGUUGCGUCAGUGAUUGUAGGAGCCACUCAGGUGAUCUUCACAGCAGUCGCGGCUCUAAUCAUGGAUCGAGCUGGACGAAAAGUUCUCCUCAUCCUGUCAGGUGUUGCCAUGUGUGCGAGUGAAGCAGCUUUUGGUAUUUAUUUCAAGUUGUCUACCACAAAGCACAGUAACUCUACAUUGUUCAGCACAGUUAUGGAAGCCCAGGAUGCACUCAGUGAAGCCACACAUGUUGAUCUGUCCUGGCUCGCACUUACUAGCAUGGGCAUUUUUAUAACAGGUUUUGCACUGGGUUGGGGACCUAUACCAUGGCUUGUGAUGUCUGAGAUUUUUCCCAUUAAAGCUCGAGGGCUGGGAAGUGCUGUGUGUGUGCUCACUAACUGGAGCUGUGCCUUCAUCAUCACCAAGACCUUCCAGAAUCUCACGGAUCUCAUAACCAGCGCAGGAACAUUCUGGAUGUUCUCGUGUGUCUGUGCCCUCAAUGUCAUCUUCACGGUCUUCUUUGUCCCAGAGACUAAAGGCAAAACACUGGAAGAGAUUCAGGCCCAUUUUAAAGGAACUCGCUCUCACUAACUCAAGUUAAACCUCAGUUCUCACUGCUAACACCAAAGUAAAAAAUUCGAAAGUCUUCGCUGGAUUUCUUGAUCUAAUAAUGAACAGCAUGCCUCAGAACAGCAACUGGUCACUUGUCUCCAAAGAUUAUUAACAGGAACUAGUUACAAAAUCGUCUUCCUAAAGAAGGUGCUUAUACGAGGAAUAUUGAAAAUCCCUUUAGUACAGGUGUACCAGGGGUUACCUUUGUAUUUUAUUUGUUUUUAUGAUAAAGGCACUUGUUCUAUUAAGGUGUAAUAUCAGAUUCAUAUCUUCUAAAGUUUACCUUCUUCAGGUAGGCAUAUCAGGUGAAAAUUCAUUUUCAAUCCAAAUUGCUUGAAACUGCUCUCAUUGAUUUCAGAAUUGAAUGUAGAACAACGUACGUUUUGCAGAAUUAAAAUAUCUUUAUCCGUUCUUGAGAUAUUACAAAUCAAAGAUUGAAAAAAUGGCUUAAUUUUUAGAAAACUGCUGUAAUAUUCUGUAUGAGGAUCACAUGGUCCAAAAUGGGCCUCAUUAACCAAUGAGAUCAAAUGUUUUUUCUUAAUAACUUUUCUAUUUUUCAAGAUAUAUACAUGGAAAUUGGCAGGCACAUAGAUGGUUGUAUACUGAAUACAAAGUUUGAAAAAUUUGUAAAAACCAACUAUGCAAAUUAGUGUUUCAUUAAUAUUAAUUAUGCUAAUUAGGCAAAACUGUUAAAUCGGUACACUGUCUUCUUCAAAGUUUCACCAAAUGGCUUUAUUUGUGCAAUAUAAAGCUGAUCUUAACUCUCGUUUAUGCAUCACAAAGAAGGAGAAAUCAAUGUUAAUUAUAAAAUAUGCAUAAAUAAGCAUUGAAUGUCAUUCACAUCUACCAUUCUCUAUCAAAAUAAAAAAGUAAUAAAGGAAUAUUUCUAAUCCCCUCUUUGUGCUCUGUAGGCCUUUGCAUUUCUAAGUAGGGCCUACUAGUGUUUAUAUGAAAGAAUAUACUGUAAAUGAUUCUUAUCUCGAUUAAUAUUCACAGCUUUCAAGACUAACCUCGAAAAAUCUGUGUGAGCCACGUCCAAUAAAUAAUCCCAAUUAAUCAAAUUGAAAUUGACACUCGCGCUUCUGACUUCCGUUUUUUUAAAAUAUCAUUCCGACCACUAAGAUCUCAAUAUUUUUCAUCAAAAUAACUGCAGUUAUAUUCUAAAAUAGUUAUUUAUUUACAUGAAUCAGUUUGAUUUGAAAAAAUAAGUAGGUAAAGCUAUGAAAACUCACUUCAAAGUCUCCUGUGAAUCAUAACAUCAAAACUAGCUGAUGGAAAUUUUUGCUGAAUACUUCAUCAGAAACAGUGAGAGCGAGAGAACAUCCCUAUAAAAGUUAUCUGACUGAUAUUCGUGAGUAACCCAGUUGGAAACCCUCGGGAGAGAGAGAGAGCCUGACCGCUUUCCCAUGACUCAAAAAAGCAUUGGCAGUUUCCCAAUGUCACGCAAGCAGAGAGUGAACUCUGUUGUACCAACUUCAACUUGCCAUUACUCCCAAAGUACUGAACAGAUCUUAGCGAGAUAAAUUUCUUUGGAAAGCAGAGAUUAUAAGCUUUUUAAAUGACAGUAUUCAUGAUAGAAAAUAUUGAAGAGUUAAGCGAUGACAGAUUUGGAAACUUAGAUGAGCGUCUGCACGCACAAUUUUCACAGCACAGCCAGCGAGCGUCUAACACCUACUUCAGGGAUCUUUAACAAAUGGUACUUGCUUACACUUUAUGUUACACUGCUGUAGAUGAAGGUAUUUGAUUAGGUCACUUUAGUUCAGACACAUUUUAAUUGUAAAUAACAGCAGAAUUACGGGUUUAAUAAGCUAACGUUGAUGAAAACCUGACAACAACCAGUGAACUAACACCAUGCUUUAAUACAUGUGUAAAUAAUAUAUUGUGGUUAUAAUCUUUCUUGUUUUUCUUGUUUUUAAUUUUUUUUUUGUAUUUGAGAAAACUAACCUAAACAUUGUAUAUCUG